CAUCGUCGUCGGCGUCGUGCUCCGCCUCCUCCUCCUCGCGCACUCCGCUCUCGGAAAAGCUUCGUCGUCUCGGUCGGUGGGCAGAAGCGCGAGGGCAAGCGAAGGUUCACUAGUUGGCGAUGGCGAGCUCUGGUUUCUCGUGGACGCUGCCGGACCACCCUAAGCUCCCCAAGGGGAAGACGGUGGCCGUCGUCGUGCUGGACGGAUGGGGUGAGGCCAACGCCGACAAGUACAACUGCAUCCAUGUCGCCCAGACGCCCGUCAUGGACUCGCUCAAGAAUGGUGCUCCUGAGAGGUGGAGACUAGUUAAGGCUCAUGGAACAGCUGUUGGUCUCCCUAGUGAUGAUGACAUGGGCAACAGUGAAGUGGGUCACAAUGCUCUUGGUGCUGGUCGCAUAUAUGCUCAGGGUGCUAAGCUUGUGGAUCUUGCUCUUGCCUCUGGGAAAAUUUAUGAUGGAGAGGGGUUCAAUUACAUCAAAGAAUGUUUUGAUAAAGGUACUCUGCACCUUAUUGGUUUGUUGAGUGAUGGAGGUGUUCACUCCCGUCUUGAUCAAGUGCAGUUGCUUCUGAAAGGUGCCAGCGAGAGGGGAGCAAAAAGAAUUCGUGUUCACAUUCUUACUGAUGGACGUGAUGUUUUGGAUGGCAGCAGUGUUGGUUUUGUAGAGACACUAGAGAAUGAUCUUUCUCAGCUUCGUGAGAAGGGUAUUGAUGCACAGAUUGCAUCUGGUGGUGGAAGGAUGUAUGUUACCAUGGACCGCUAUGAGAAUGACUGGGAUGUGGUCAAACGUGGGUGGGAUGCCCAGGUGCUUGGGGAAGCACCCUACAAAUUCAAAAACGCAAUUGAAGCCGUGAAAACGCUGAGAGCAGAGACCAAGACCAAUGAUCAGUAUUUGCCCCCAUUUGUGAUAGUGGAUGAGAGUGGCAAAUCUGUUGGGCCUGUUGUAGAUGGUGAUGCAGUUGUGACUUUCAAUUUCCGAGCGGAUCGCAUGGUUAUGCUUGCCAAAGCACUAGAGUAUGCAGACUUCGACAAAUUUGAUCGUGUUCGUGUACCAAAAAUCCGGUAUGCUGGAAUGCUUCAGUAUGAUGGUGAGUUGAAGCUUCCGAGCCGUUACCUUGUUUCCCCACCAGAGAUAGAGAGAACAUCUGGUGAAUACUUGGUAAAGAAUGGUGUCCGCACCUUCGCUUGCAGUGAGACAGUGAAGUUUGGCCAUGUCACAUUUUUCUGGAAUGGAAACCGCUCUGGUUACUUUGAUGAAACUAAGGAAGAGUAUGUUGAAAUUCCUAGUGACAGUGGAAUCACAUUUAACGUUAAACCCAACAUGAAGGCACUUGAAAUUGCAGAGAAAGCCAGGGAUGCCAUUCUUAGUGGAAAGUUUGACCAGGUACGUGUCAACCUACCGAAUGGUGACAUGGUAGGUCACACUGGUGAUAUCGAAGCAACUGUAGUUGCUUGCAAGGCAGCUGACGAGGCCGUUAAGAUUAUUUUGGAUGCAAUUGAACAAGUAGGUGGUAUUUAUCUUGUCACUGCUGAUCAUGGAAAUGCUGAGGAUAUGGUGAAAAGAAACAAAUCUGGCCAGCCACUUCUCGACAAGAACGGGGCAAUCCAGAUUCUUACCUCACACACACUUCAGCCGGUCCCGGUUGCUAUUGGAGGUCCCGGUCUUCACCCUGGUGUGAGAUUCCGGUCUGAUAUUCAGGCCCCUGGGCUAGCCAAUGUCGCUGCAACCGUAAUGAACUUCCAUGGAUACGAGGCUCCUGCUGACUACGAAACCACCCUCAUUGAAGUUGUGGACAACUAAAAUAGUAAAAUCGUGGUGGUGAAAUUUUGUUCCUAUAGUUUUGAGAUGAUCGAGAGUGAUCAUAUCAUUGAAUAAAUAUAUGUUGGCCAGUGCGCUGCUCACAAACUCAUUUUAUUGGGGAAAGUGUACUAGAUACUCUGUAACUUGACAUUGUUACGCAGGCUGGCCUGACGUUUUUUCUUCAGCUAUAUGCGAGACGUCAAACAUCCAUCUCAAA